AUGAGGCUCAGCACCCUCUCGUGUCUUCUCAGCACCGCCGAUUCCCUCUCGCCGCGUCCACGCGUGGUUGUCUCGGGUGGCACUCACGGAAACGAGUACACCGGCGUAUGGGUCCUCCAACGCCUGCAGUUGCGCUCGGCGGAGCUCGCAGAGCAGCACCCUUCUAUCGCCAUCGAAACACUCUUCGCAAACCCACCGGCUCACGCUGCCAAUCGCCGCUUUAUCGACGACGAUCUCAAUCGCCAGUUUAGCGCGGCGACCCUUGCCGACACGACGGCAUCCAGCUUUGAGGCCGGGCGCGCCAAGGCAAUCGCAGCAGACAUGGGGCCAAAGGGCGCCGCCGCCGACGCGGCUGUGUGCAUCGACAUGCACACCACCACCGCCAACAUGGGCUGCACCGUUAUUGUGAGCUCGUACAGCACCCUCGCGCUUCGAGCCGCUGCGUUUGUGCACACGCACUGGGACGACGCCGACGAGGCAUCGCCGCCGCUGCCGCUGCGCGUGAUGGUUGAGGAGUGCAGCCAGUGCGAGGCGGCGCACCUCGCCAGCGUCGCGCGGCACGGCAUCGAGAUCGAGGUGCCCUUUGUGGACGGCGCCGACGCCGACGGCGCGCUCCCCGGGGCGGUGGUCGCCGCUUCGCUGCAGGACCGCGACUUCGCUCCGCUGCGGGCCGGCGAGGCGCUCUUCGAGGCGCUGGACGGCUCUCUCGUGCCUUACGACGGCUCGCUCGGCGAGGUCGUCCACCCCGUCUUCAUCAACGAGGCGGCCUACUACUACAGGGAAAGCGGAAGGGGCGUCGGCAUGUCGCGGCCCGUCGAGUGGCCGGUACUGUGA